AUGGAACUCUCAAAGAAAGACUGGGGUCGCUUGUGGUAUGCUGGUGAUGGAAGAAUGGCCAAACUUGUGAAGGACUUGUUGAACCCAGAUGGAAAGUACCACGCGGUAAACUUUCCGAGCUCGGAUCGUGACUACUGUACCAUCGAAGUGCGUCUGCACAGUGGCACCAUGGAAGCGUGGAAGAUCAAAAGGUGGGUCAAGCUCCUCUUGCAGCUACUGGAGGGGUGCAAGGAUGUCUGGGACGAGGAAUUGCGGCUUUACGUCCGGCGCGGCUCUCAGCUACAGCUGCUGAAUAUGUUCGUUGACGAAGAGGUGCGCAGCCACCUCCUGCGCCGUGCUUUUUAUUUCGCCCGUCGGUAUCCAGACGCUGGGUUAGUUUCUGACGAGCUGCCCUGGUUGCGACGAGCUGCAGAACACGGCUACCCGGAGGACGGAACUUGGUGGGAGUACGACUGUGGCUCUUGUGGGGAGAGAUUCCCCGCUGACAUGGCGCUAGACGAGGACAGGGCCCUGUGCUGGUCUUGCUUGCACAACCCUAAACGCGCAAGCGCGCCGGGGGUCCAAGAGGAACUUUGCCAGGGCUGGCCAGUGAACUUGUGCCGCAAGUGUGGAAAGAUAUUCCCUUCCAAGCGGCCUUACUUUGGAAGAAAGCUGCCAACCUGUCGAUCAUGUACGUAA